AUGUCUCGGGUACUGUUCCAACGAACACCGAUUCACAGAAUUUCGUUGAACUUAGCGCGUACAUGGGGUACCAGCGCCGGUUGGUGGGGAGUUGGUGCGGGGAUCUAUGUGCUCUACCUUCUCUCCGUGACGCCAUUGGUGAAGCGUGAUUUCUUGUCGAAAGUACCCUUGGUGGGGAGCUACUACGCGGAUAAGAUUCCUGCGUCGGACAAGCCGUUCUAG